AGAGGCAUUUUCAGGAUGGCUGCCCAGCGACAUGGCACGUUGGGGAUGUAUCUGAAAAUACUCUGUCUGAGUAGUCCUCUAAUAGCAGUUCACGCAGGGUGGGACACAACAGAAAACAGGCCCCGGGCCGUGAGGGUAUCCAGGUUUGCAGACACUCCAGCUCCCGUUGACUGCAGGAUGAAAGCCUGGUCCCCAUGGACCCUCUGCACUUCAUGCACUAAUGUGACGUCCCGAUUCAGGUAUAUGGAGCAGGCGUCCCAGUUCGACGGUACAAAAUGUGUGGGGAGUCAGUGGGGUCAAAGGGCAUGUGCAACAAGCUCACCCUGCAAGCACAAGAGUGUGUGCAAUGAUGGCUUCACCUGUGAGUCAGGACGGUGUUUGAGUAAGGCCUUGGUCUGUGAUGGACAGCAGGACUGCAUGUUUGGCUCUGAUGAGAUGGACUGUGACAUAGAUAGCUUUGUGGACAAUAUGUGCACUGAUCUGAUGCCCAUCCCGGGAUCUGAGGUUGGUGCUCGUGGUUAUAACAUACUAACAGGAGACUUUGUCCAGAAUGCUGUUGACCCAGAAUACUACGGUGGGCUUUGUCAAUAUGUCUACAACGGGGAGUGGAGAAAACUGAAAUAUGACACUUUCUGUGAGAACUUGUACUACAAUGAUGAUGAAAAGUAUUACAGAAAACCAUACAAUUUUCAUACCUAUCGCUUUAUGGGCAAUGCUGAGUCAUCCAGUUCCAGCGAGUACUUUGAGGAUGCUGCUAGCUUGUUGGAAGCCAAGAAAGAAGGCAAAUCCUUUAAUUUGGGCAUCACCAUCGGAAUCAGUGCAGUCGAAGUUGGUUUUUCAGGAAGCAGGGAGUCAGAAGUCCUUGGGAACCUGUCGCAGUAUAUCGAUAAAAACCUUGGAUUCAUUCGGCUCGUGUCAACAGUGCAAACGGCCCAAUUUAAAAUGAGGAGCCAAGGUUUGAUGCUUGAUGAAGAACUGCACCAGUCCCUCGAGGAGCUUCCGGGGGAGUAUGAAUUUGGCACGUACUCACAGCUCCUCAGCCGCUAUGGGACUCAUUAUGUCACCUCUGGGAUCCUGGGAGGAGUUCUGGAGUACGUUGUGGUUGUUGACAAACAAGCCAUGGAAAGGAAUGAAAUCAGAGCAGAGCAGGCUGGAAGCUGCUUUGGUGCCUCCUUGGGGCUGUCAAUGGACAACCCCAAGUUGUCAGCAGAGCUGUCUUCGUGUGAAAAGUCUGGAUCACUGGACCGUGACAAGACCGAGUCUAAAAGCUACAUUAAAGAUGUAAUCAGUCUGGUUCGUGGAGGGAGAACAAGUUCCAUCGGAGGCAUACUAGCGAUCAAGAAUGAGAUGACGUACACAAACUGGGGGAAAUCGCUCAAGUACAACCCUGCGCUGAUCGAGUUUGAAACACUUCCAAUAUACGAACUGGUCCGGUUCAGCACAGCAGCCGAACAGUUCAAGGGGAAGUUGGCUCACCUGAAGCGGGCCUGGGAAGAGUACCUACAGCAGUUCAACUCCUGCCGCUGUGCGCCCUGCAGGAACAAUGGUCUGGCUGUGCUGGAGGGGACCCACUGUACCUGUCUUUGUAAACAGGGCUACCAUGGCAUGGCCUGUGAGCGCACUGAACGGAAAGGUCCCACCCAUGGUGGGUGGAGCUGCUGGAGCCCAUGGUCAGCCUGUCAAGGCAGCAUGAGGACAAGGAGUCGUCACUGCAGUAACCCUGCACCCCUCAAUGGAGGAAGAAGCUGCCUGGGCUCCCACACACAGAGCCAAAGAUGUUGAUAUGAGCCCACCCCUGCUCAAACUACAACAACACAACACUAGUGUAAAUCAAAGCCUGUCAGCACAAUCAACCACAACGAUGGUGUAAACUACAUCUCAUCACCAUAAUCAACCAUGACCACAGAGACUGUGAAGCACACACACACACACACACACACACACACACACACACACACACACACACGUCUACAAC